GACGAGCUCUUCUAAAACGUGAUGCUGAAGAAGAGGCCAAGGACGAGUUCAAAUACUAACAACAACAUUGCUUUGGUUUUUGUUUUAUUUCCCAGAUUUUAUCCACCGCUGUCCUUUUUGUUUAAUUUUUAUUCCUUCCCUCUUUCCGAAGAAAGCAGCUGGCUCUCUUCGAAACCUAAGCAGCUUAAGCAGGGAAGCGCCUGAAGGGCACCGGCAGCAGCGGCGGCGGGAGGAGAUUUGGCUCCGAAAUAGGACGCCGCUAAGCCGCCUUUGCGCGCCUUUUGGGUUUGGGCGCUUUUGGAGUGAGGAGGAAGAGCGAGAAAGAGCAAGAGACACACACAGGGAUGGAAGGCAGCCCUGAAAGGAAAGGAAGCGCCUGUUUUUAAAAACCCCAGGCCUCUCUUUUGGUUUCCAUGACAGUUUAUUAGGUAAUUGAGUUGUCUCCUCUCUCCUCUCCCACAAUGCUCUGGAGGAAAGGAAAGGCCGAAAGGAAGAAGAGGCCGUGACAAGACUUGGGAGUCCUGGGAUUAUAUUUCGUGUCUUUUUUUUGGGGGGGGGGGGUAUUAUUAUUAUUAGAAUGGGAAUAUUGUGAGGGGAAAGAGGAGGGCGCUGCUUGAAAAAGGACCCUCCCUCAGCUUCUUGCUUUUCACCACACACACACAGAUUGAGAGAAAGGCGCGCCAAAUGUGCCUGGCUCAGGUGGGCUCCUGAAGGGGGAAGCAAAGGCAGCCUCGGAGGCUUCGUUGUCGUCGUCGUCGUCGUCGUCCAAUCAGGGGCCGCCAACCUGCCUCCGUCUCCGAAAUGCCCCUCCAACGGAUCUCGGUCGUCCCGGCCGGCAAUGGGAGGAGAAGUUCCCAGGGAAGGAACAAAGAGAAGAGCAAGGAAGUCGAGAUGUUUUGGAUUCCCAGAAUUCCUGACAGUUGGGAAGCUGGUUGGAGCUUCAGAAGUUGAAAUCCUGAACAUCUUGAGUGCCAAUGGUUGAAAACCAUGGGAAUUUCAGAAAUUGAAAAGGGAUAAGUGGAAGGAGAAAAUGUUGGGCUGGUGCCAAGCGAUAGCUCGUAAUCCUCACAGACUCCCAAACAGCACAAGGACCCCUGAAGUCAUAAGCGAUGCAACACAGAUCUCUGCCUUGAAUGAGAAAUCUCCAGGCCGUUCUACAAGUCGAUCAAGUAACAUUUCAAAGGCAAGCAGCCCUACCACAGGGACAGCUCCCAGAAGCCAAUCACGGUUAUCUGUCUGCCCUUCUACUCAGGACAUCUGUAGAUCUCCCAUCUUGCAUGACAUAUCAGAAGAUAAGUUUGAAAAAUCACCCCCUGUCAUGGUGCUGAAUCCUGCCAGUAAAGAAUCUGUUAAGAAACAAGUGAAGCGAAGGGUUAGGCGGAGGAAGGAGGCUGGGGAACAUGAUGACCAUUCAGAAAAGCCAAGGAAAGACAAGGAUGGCAAAUUACAUCUCAAGGUUUCAAAUCCAAGAUGGAAUGAUUUGCGCAAAGCAUCGUUUGAUUCCUCAUCUUCAGAUGAGAAUCACUGGGCCCUAAUAAGAAAGAAAGAGAGAGCCAACAUGCCUAGAAGAAUGAGAAGACGAAGUACUUCAAACACUCGGCCUGAUGGGCAAUCUAUUAAGAAUGCCAUUGAACUUGCCACAAUAGGGACAAAUGCAGAAAAGAAGCCAGAAAAGGAGAUGGACCCCAAAGGCCAAAUUCUAAAUCACCGUAGGAGAAAGUCUUCAAAGUGUAAAGAAACACAUCCUUCAUUAUCAUCUGUAUCUUCUCUAGAAGCAAGGAAUUCCUUGAGACAAUGGGAAAAUCACCAUGCCAAGUGCAACCACAAGGAGUCAAAGUCAUCAUCUUACCUUAGACGAGGAAAAGCAAGAAAAGAGGAAAGUGGUUCAGAGAAAGGCUCAGGCAGUGAUAUUUUGACUCUUCCAGAAAAUGGAGCACCUGCUGAGACAGGGCCUGAUGUGGCAGCUGCAGUUCAGAAACCUCCUGUGAUUUAUGAUGACUUAUCUGAUGAUUUCGAAGUGUGCAGGAUCUGUCACUGUGAGGGAGAUGACGAAAACCCCCUCAUCACACCAUGUCGCUGUACAGGGACCCUACGUUUUGUUCAUCAAGCCUGCCUGCAUCAGUGGAUUAAGAGCUCAGACACACGGUGCUGUGAACUCUGCAAAUAUGACUUUAUAAUGGAGACCAAGCUCAAACCUCUUCGAAAGUGGGAAAAACUACAGAUGACGACAAGUGAAAGGAGAAAGAUAGUCUGCUCAGUCACAUUCCACAUUAUUGCCAUUACCUGCGUAGUUUGGUCAUUAUACGUAUUAAUAGAUCGAACUGCUGAGGAAAUUAAGCAAGGCAAUGACAAUGGAGUCCUGGAGUGGCCAUUUUGGACAAAGUUGGUUGUAGUAGCCAUUGGAUUCACCGGUGGUCUCGUUUUUAUGUAUGUACAAUGUAAAGUCUACAUUCAAUUGUGGCGAAGACUGAAGGCUUACAACCGAGUGAUAUUUGUUCAGAACUGCCCAGAUACGGCCAAAAAACUAGAGGAGAAAAUUUCUUCUUCCAUUCAGAACACUGAAAUCAAAGACACUGUAGUGGUGCCAGUAUCACAAACAAGUACAAACUCUCAACCAUCAGGAGAAGAAACUGCUUCUGACGGCAUGCCAGUUUGAUGAAGCGGCAUCUGUUAUUCUUCACUGGAGAAUAAAGUAAUGUGCUUUCUACUGUUCCGCCACAGUAAAAUGUCAGAAUACGCUACAUAUUUUUGAAUGAAGAGCAACAGGAGAAUAACCAGGAAAACUGAUAGAGUGAAGGUGCACAUUACCACUGGAAUGUAAUUGCGAAGCUGCUUUUCACCUUUCUUGCUAAGUGUAGUCAGAAGUGACAAAAAAGAAGAGACAGCAGAGACCACUUCUAAGGGGCAAACAAACAUAGCAGCACCACUUUUGAUAGCGGAAAAGCCCUGCACUUACAGUUGUACUACUGAUGUUCUGUUUACAAGGUGGGGGGGGGGGGGGGGGGAG